AUGACUAACACGCACGUCGAGACUCGCAACGACCUUCCGCCACUCACUGGUAGUCACGAAGUGCGCCACGUCUCCGUCCGCGGCCGCUUUGUCCGCAAGCGCAACUUAUCCAAAGGCCUCGUGUUCGGCGACGUCGAGCUGCAGGAUGGACAGCUUCUCGAGGUCAUGAUACGCGCACAAGCAGGUAUCCUGGACCUCGCUGCUAUCCGUCAGCUGAACCGGGACGUGCACCUUGGCGACCUGGUUACAGCUCACGGCACGUUGCAGCGUAAACGACACGAGCUGGAAAGCCUUGAUGGAUGGAUGCUCCUGCUCCAUUCCAUGCACGUGGACGAACUCGGGAGUCUGCGACACGCGGGCACUGUCUUCAGCUACACGGACUCGAGCGCUACGUCGUCUCCCAACUGUGCUGCUGGAAAUGGAUCGUGGGUGUUGCCGCCUUCGUCAAAGGCGAAGGCAGGCAACAAGUACACAAACAUGGUCGUCAUCGACGGUUUCAAUGCCUGCAAAUUCUACUUCUCCUCGUCCGGUGGCGCCAAUUGCCUGCGUGGCGAGCAGUGCCAUUUUUGGCAUGGACAGCCAGAGCAUUUCGUGGAGAACCGACGCCGCUGGAUGAAAAAGCGUCUCGAACAGCGCGCGAAAGCUGCACAUCUUGCUGGUGACAGCGGUGAUCCUCACUCGAAGAUCGGCAAGGCUCAGCGUAGCCGUAUCUUCUGCGACUGGCUUGUAAGCUCUGUCGGCGAGGAGCAGCUUGCCAGCGGAACGGGUGUCAUUGAUGUUGCUGGCGGUAAAGGCGAUAUUCCAACCCAGCUGUGGAUCCAACGAGGUAUCCCAACAACGCUCAUUGACCCGAGACCUAUGAAGCUCGGCAAACACAACCGGAAACUCGUUGCCAAAGCCGAAGCCACAACGGGUCGCAAAAUGAGCCCUCAAUUGCUGCGCUGCCUGGACGACGAGACACUGAGGCUGCACAUCGAGCUGUUCACAGACUGCUCUCUUCUUGUUGGAAUGCAUCCAGAUGAAGCCACCGAGGCCAUUGUCGACAUUGCUCUAGCACUAGGCAAACCAUUUGCUAUUGUGCCUUGUUGCGUGAUGAGCCGAGUAUUUCCACAUCGCAUUUGCCGUGAUGGCACGCCCGUCGACACGUACGAAACGUUCGUGAGAUAUCUGUUGGAGAAGCAUCCAUCCGUUCAGAGCGCAUUCCUGCCGUUCGCUGGCCGCAACCAAGUGCUAUACCUUUUCGACUACGACAAGGGACGAAAUACUGGUAUCGACGUCGUUGAUCCAACAAGCCCGUAA